ACUUAACAUAACCUGAUCCGAGAUUCGCCAUCAUUGUCACGGAGCAAAGGCUAGAGCACGAGUCCAUCGAUGAACUUAGAUUGAUGAAACUGCGUGAAUAUCGUAUUUUCGUUUGAACCGGUACAAAUCUCUCGGUGGAAACAUGUGGCUGGAGGAAUGCGACGGUUUCGCCGAACUGUGCCGUGGAUACUUGCCAUACUAUCUGUUAAUAGUUCUACCGAUAUUUAUCAUAAUCUCCCCGGUAAAUCCGGUGGCCGCCUCUCACGAGUUCCCUGUGUAUCGUAUGCAUCAGUAUGAUCUGCAUGGAGUUCCACAUGGUUGCCGAAGCGCGCCUGUUUCCUUGGAGGCGAGGUCCUUGACUGGGUGGAGCACUUCCAGGCAUUGCGUCGUCGCCAGAGCGUUGGAUAUCACACCAUCUGUCUUCCAAUCCAUCAGAAGCAAGGCUGGUGCAUUAGUAAUUGUUCUACCUGAGAAGAUGAAUCUACUUACGACAGAGGAAAAGCAACAUAUUAUGAAUCUGGAAGAAUCUAUGAUGCACGGUCCUGAAACAAUGAUACCUGUAUAUUUUGCAUUGUGGCAUCCAGAACUUCAAACGAUUCUAAAUGAUAUCUCAGGUGGUUUUAUCACAGAUGAUAAGACUGGUUCUGCAGCAGAAGCCAUAUAUAAUUCAAUUUCAGCCAGCGGUUAUCAAGUGGUAGUAACCACUGGACAAGCGUUUCCUAAAACAGAUGUUAAAGUUGCCACGUUGCAUGGCAAAUUAACUGGAACUGGUACCGAAGAAAAAUUACCUACCAUAGCAAUAGUGACACAUUACGAUAGUACUGGUGUAGCACCUGAAUUGUCAUUUGGUGCAGAUAGUAAUGCUUCCGGUAUAGCUAUGCUAUUAGAAAUAGCAAGACUAUUUUCUGCUUUAUAUUCCACUGGUCGAACAAGACCACAAUAUAAUCUUGUUUUUAUUGCAACUGGAGCUGGCAAAUUAAAUUAUCAGGGUAGUAAGAAAUGGUUGGAGGAUCAAUUAGAUGGUGUUGAAGGUUCUGUUAUACAGGAUGCAGCUUAUGUGAUAUGCCUCGACACAGUUUCCGCUAGCAAUAAUUUAUAUGUACAUGUAUCAAAACCACCUAAGGAGAACUCAUCCGGUGGUUUGUUUUAUAAAGAGCUUAAAGCUGUAUCUCAAUCAUUAAACACUAUCAAUGUUGAAGGUGUGCAUAAAAAGAUAAAUCUUGCAGAAGAGACAUUAGCUUGGGAACAUGAAAGAUACAGCAUUCGUAGAUUGCCAGCUGCUACUUUAUCUACAUUAAAAAGUCAUGAAAAUUCGACUAGAACUACUAUAUUAGAUAUCGUUAGAGAAGGACAAAUAGAUAGAUUAUAUAAGCAUACUCAAAUUGUAUCAGAAGCAUUAGCACGUCAUGUAUAUAAUUUGAGUUCCAAUCAAAUCUUUGCUGGUCCAUUGGAUGUAUCAAAGGAAUCACUUUCUUUAUGGUUUAAUUAUUUUGCUUCUCAACCAAGAGCAGCUUCAUUAUUAGCGGAUAAACAAAAUUUAUUGGUUGGUACUUUGAAAGAAGCAAUGGCAAGGUAUUUGGGGGAUGUGAAAAUUACUCUUCAUACUCCUGAUAAACAAGAUCCGGAAUUUGUAUUCUAUGAUGUGACAAAAGCAACUCUGAAUGUAUAUAGUGUAAAGCCUGCUGUAUUUGAUCUCUUCCUUACUAUCGGCAUAAUUUUGUACUUGGGGAUAUUGUACAUGAUUGUGCACAAUUUUCCACAUGCUUACUCCCUGGCAACGAGACUUUCGACAAAGAGCAAGACAACAUGAAUCUUGUUUCCUAUUUUUUGCGUUUUUUAAUUGAUUUUCAGUAAUGUUAAACAAUCGAUCUAUAUUAUAAGAAAGUUGACUAGUUCUUAAAUAACAUAUUUCCUCUGAAAUACUGUAAGUAUACUCCAAAAAUAAUAUGUACUGAUGCAUAUUUAGGUAUUUGCCAAAAGCAAAUUAAAUUCAAGUAUACAUGU